ACCAAGGAGCGUUUGAAGGGCUCAUUUCAUUGGGGAUUCAUUUCGAGUUUAGGUUUCUUUGUUUUGAUAUCUGGAAGAUGCCAAGUUCCGUAAAAAAUAUUUCGAUUAGUUACGAUGCAAUUAAUAAGGGAAACACGUUCACCGCUGGAGAUUUCAUGUCAGGACGUCUCAUUUUGGAAGUUGGCAAAAAAACAAAAAUCGAUUAUCUGUUGAUUAAAGCCAAAGGGAAAGCGUGGGCGUUGUGGACUGAACGCCGCGGCCAAGUAACGGUGACACACUACGAUAAAGAGAAAAUUUUCACACUGAAGAACUACAUCAUUCAAGAACAGAAUGGUGACGGCUCAUAUGUUGUGGUACCUGGAAUCCAUGAGUACCCUUUCACUUUUCAGAUGCCGCAAAAAAACAUGCCAUCAUCAUUUAAGGGUUCUUUUGGCAAAAUUGUCUACACUCUGGAGGCAAAGUUGAGCAGAUCAAUGCGAGCACCAAGCAAAGCCAAGGCAAAAUUCACCUUUCUUUCACUGGCUGGACCGGUUCACCCGAACAUUCCUCAGCUGAUGGAACCCCAAAUUGGUAAGAAGAAAGAGAAGAUGAAAGUCUUCACAUCUGGAAAUGUCACUAUGAACAUCAGAACCGAAAGGAUGGGAUACCUGCAAGGUGAAGGGUUAAAGGUCAUCGCGGAAAUCGAGAACAACUCCUCGCGCAGCAUCGUGCCCAAGUUCUGCCUGUACCAGAAGCAGAGCUUCUUUGCCCAAGGGAGAAGGGUCCACACACAUAACAUCUUAAAGGAAGCUGGAGAGCCAGUGUCUGUGUCCACACGUCAGACAGUCACCAAAGUGCUGACCAUCCCUCACGAUGUGUCUCCCACUAUCCUAAACUGCAAGGUUGUGCAUGUGGAGUACAGACUAAAGGUUUACGUGGAUAUUCCACUUGCUAAAGACCCAGAGAUUAAACUACCUGUAGUAGUACUUCCUGCCGAUUUCACAUUUGGAAGGAUGGUGCAGACGUGGCCCCCAUCAUAGAGACCUGAUUCUGCUCACAGCAAAGCCUCUUCCAGCAAAAGCAUGGUUGAGCUUGACAAGAAACCUAUUGUCACAGUAGCAGCUUUUAACAUGAGGUGUUUCUCAGAGACACUGAAAAGCAUCAGAGAAGAUGGCUUAUGGUAUAUUCCUAUAAAUCAUUGUGUAAUGUUUUUGGACCUCUUUAUGAAGACCUCUUUGCUGGGUAUU